UGCCUGGUGCUGGCAGCGGAUCCCUCGGAUGCGCACACUAGAGGGGUCCUCGAGGCGGGGGGCGCCAGCCGGCGGCGGCUUCGGGGGAGUGUACGGCUAGAAUGUGACGGGAGCCGGUCCCCCUGUGUCUAGAAGUUGUGGCCUCAUGGAGUAAAGGUGACACGGGGAGGAGGAGAGCGGCAGACGGGGAAAACCGAGGAGGAAGUGUCCGCAGCCGCCGCCGUGUGUGAGACCCAUGCUUGGUCGAGGACUUAAACGCAAAUUGAAUGAUCGCGACGAGACCAUGACCGACCUCUCUUGUGCCUACGAUUGCCAUCGAACCAUGCCAUACAGUCAUCAAAGGCAACUGGUGCUCAACAUGUGCCUCAACAAACUGCAAAGCUAUAAAAUGCUGGCUGAACCUAACCUGCAUCGAUCCGUUCUCAUAGCCAAUACAGUACGUCAAAUCCAGGAGGAAACGAGGCAGGAGGCCAGCCAGCUGCCGGGAGUUAUGGGGAGCGAUCUCCCCGCCAACAUGUACCCAGGAAGCGAUUCCUUAGACACUUCGCUCAACUUACCUUUCGGAAUCAACGCAGACUUCACUAGAGAUUCCUGGCCCAACGAGAACCCGUUGGACAGUCUGAUGGAAGUUACAGACAAUGACAUGUCUUCUGCCAUUUCCUCAAUCCUGAAGGAUCUCGAUUUUGUUGAGGACAUCAGCCCAACCUCGGCCCAGAGCCCUGCCGUGGACGAGCCCCCAAAACCCACGGAGAGCGGAUCCAAAGGUGAAAAGCAGGAUCUAAGGGGAACAGAAUGUGUGUUCGGUUCUUUCGAGCUGACCAGCUCCACCAGUUACUUAAAGGACUUGUCGGUGGAUGACAUUUUUGAUGACAUUGAUACUUCUAUGUACGACUCUGAUUUUAGCUUUUCCUCCUUGAUGUCACCAAGAAUGCAGCCCACGGUGGAGGAGCCCCUCAAGCUGUAUACAAUGUGCAAUAAUUCCUCAAACAGCAACUUGCAGGUCUGCAGGACAGAUUUGAAUGAUCUGGACCACAUCAUGGAGAUUCUAGUCGGGUCCUGACAUCCUAAUCGUUAGUGGUCUUAAAGGGGAAAUGUAUUUGAACCAAGUUUGAAAACACAAGAAAGGGCAAUUUUCCCUUACAAAUGCACAAAUGAUCAGGAUACAAAGAUAUAGAUAUAAAUGCCUGUGGAAUCCCCAAACUGUCUAGCUACAGUAAUUCAGUAUUAUGCAUAUUCUUAUAACCGGAGGCGACGUGAACGCUGAAGAAAACCAAUAUUUUUGUAAUGACGACCAUAUUUAUAAACCUUUUGGGGAUAGUAUUAACCUACUAGAGCCAACGCGAGAUGUCACUUCUUGUACAUAGCGGACACUACCUCUUUAAGACGAAGUGCAAAACCUUCUUGUGUGCUUUGUGGGUUGUUUUUUUUACGUUUAGCGUUCUUUUCUUUCAAUCUCUCUCUGUAUUGAUAUUGUACAUUUCAGAUUAUUAUUUUGUUAAUUUAUAAAUUGUAAUCGGAUUGAUUUAGUUUGUGGUUCUACUGGUGAUGACGUGUACCGUGUGGUCGGUACUCUGCGUGCGAGCCAUGGGGAUCAAAACCAAUAGGUCUGCCUAAUUGGCCUAUUGAAAUGCUUGGAACUAGUGACGUCAAUGAGGAAUUCUAGGAGUUACUUUUCCCAGAAUCUGCACCAUUGCGGUCUAUGGGCUAGGUCUGCUAGUAUAGGUUAGUGCCAUUCAGUUGUAUUUGAAUGAGCUGCGGCACCAGAUAACAGCCCAUGGAUAACAGUGGUGCAAUUUUUGGGGAAAAAACGC